ACCGUGUUUUUUUCUAAGUUCGCAAAAAAGCACUUUCCUUUCUUUACAAAUCACAAAACAAAAACGCGGGGAGAAUAGAUUAUAGAACAUCAUCAACACCUAAAUCAUCUUCAAAGAUCUUCUAAUUUCUUUCACAUUUCUACUUCUUCUUAAUUUUGGAAUUUAAUUAAUUCCAACCUUUCUUUUAUUUUUCACACCAUAUGCAUUUUCUUUUAUUUUCUUCCCUUAUUUAGCUUCUCAUUUUUCAAUUCUCAACUUGUUCUAGCUUUUUAUAUCUUUCUCUAGAUUCGCCUCACUCCAAUCAAUCACAAACAAAAAAUUAUCUUCAAGCAAUAUUAUUAUUUUUCUUUUCCCACUUUGGGAAGAAUAUAUUCAAUCAAAUCUUAAUCUUUGAAAUUUUUCACUUUCUCUCAUAUUCCAACUUCAUCUCCCCCCUAUUUAUUUUCUUGAAAGAAAAAAAACACAAAAGGAAAGUUUCUUCUUCCUCUCUUUCAGAAAUAACUAGCUAUCAUAUAAAAUCCAUACCCAAAAUUUUAUAUAUUUAUAUUUCAUGGGUAUAGUUUUUGACAUAAAGGAAAGUUUUUAAAUUAUUGGAGAUAUUAUUUUAUUUUAUUUUCUAUAAAAUAAAUUUUUAUCUAAAUUAAAUUAAAGUCUUAUUCUAUUCAUAUAGUUGCCAUAUAAAAAAGUUUUUCAAAAAAAAAUAUUUUAUUUUUUUGUUAAUAAAAAUAAUAUUUUUUUAUUGAAAAAUAAUGGAGUUGAGUUUAUUUUCAAGAUGGGUUUUUGUGGUUAUGAUGAUGAGAAUGAUUGGUAUGUGGUGGAAGGAGUUGGUGUGAAUUGGGGAACACAAGCAACACAUCCAUUGAAGGCAGACACAGUUGUAGAAAUGUUGAAAGAUAAUGGAAUACAAAAAGUGAAAUUAUUUGAUACAGAUGAUGCAACUAUGAGUGCACUUGGUGGUUCUGGAAUUGAAGUUAUGGUUGCUAUUCCUAAUAAUCAAUUAGCUGAAAUGAAUAAUUAUGAUCGUGCUUUGCAAUGGGUUCGAAAGAAUGUCACUCGUUUUACCUUCAAAGGUGGAGUCAACAUCAAGUAUGUAGCUGUUGGAAAUGAGCCAUUUUUGAAAUCUUACAAUAAUACAUUAUUGAAUGUAACCUUCCCUGCCUUACAAAACAUUCAAAAUGCCCUUAAUGAAGUUGGAUUAGGUGACUCUAUAAAAGCCACAGUACCCUUAAAUGCUGAUAUCUAUGAAUCUCCAAUUGAAAAUUCUGUUCCAUCAGCUGGAAUAUUUAGGCCAGAUUUAAUUGGUCUAAUGACACAAAUAAUCCAAUUUUUGAACAAAAAUAAUGCACCAUUCACAGUCAACAUUUACCCUUUUUUAAGUCUUUAUGGAAAUGAAAAUUUUCCAUUUGACUUUGCAUUUUUUGAUGGAAAUUCAAAUCCAAUAAAUGACAAUGGAAUUUUAUACACUAAUGUUUUUGAUGCAAAUUUUGAUACUUUAGUCUCAGCAUUAAAAUCAAUUGGAUUUGGUGACAUGCCAAUUUUUGUUGGAGAAGUUGGUUGGCCCACAGAUGGUGACAAAAAUGCAAAUAUUGAAAAUGCAUUAAGAUUUUAUAAUGGGCUUUUUCAAAAAAUUGCAUCAAAUAAAGGUACACCUAAAAGGCCUGGUUACAUUGAAAUUUAUUUAUUUGGAUUAAUUGAUGAAGAUGCAAAAGCAAUUGCUCCUGGAAAUUUUGAGAGACAUUGGGGAAUUUUUAGUUUUGAUGGUAAACCAAAGUUUCCAAUGCAUAUUUCUAGUCAAGGUCAAAAUAAAUUAUUAAUUGGUGCAAAAAAUGUGUAUUAUCUUGAUCCAAAGUGGUGCAUUUUUAAUCCAAAUUCUAAUAAUUUAACCAAGCUUGCUGAAAAUAUUGAUUAUGCAUGCACUUAUGCUGAUUGCACCCCCCUUGGAUAUGGUUCUUCUUGCAACAAUUUGGAUGCUAAUGGAAAUGCUUCUUAUGCAUUUAAUAUGUAUUAUCAAGUGCAAAAUCAAGUUGACAUGGCUUGCAAUUUUGAAGGGUUGGCUAUGGUUACUACAAAGAAUAUUUCAACUCCUACUUGUAAUUUUAUUAUUGAGAUUAACCCUUCAUCUUCUUCUUAUUUGUUUCCAUCAUUGGUUGCUUUUUUGUUUAGUAUGCUACCUUUGAUUUUAUUGUGGUAGGUUUGUUUUUGUACACAUAUUAUAGGUGUUUGUUAGUUAUUUAAAUGUUGGUCAUCAAAUCUUGUACUUUGAGAUAGUUUGGAAGAUAUAAUUUUGAUGAAUAAUUUUAUAGACUUGAAUAUUUA